AUGGCUCCCGUCCCUGCGGAAGACAUAGAUGCACCUUUAGCAAAACGCCAAAAAACCUUGCAACCACGAGCUCCUGCGAAGCAAGAGUCAGGCUCAAGAAUUUUUUCGCAUUUUAGAACUAUCGGCUUAGUUUCUCCCACCUCAGUGCCAUUCACAUCCGUGCGACUGGGAAAAUCAACGUAUCAGAUCACAACAUCCAUUGGGAACGUUCUACACACUUAUGACUUGAAAAAGGGCCUCGGACUGGUCUUUGCAAGCCAACCUCGAACUCCAAAGCCUAUUACAGCAACAUUCGCUUGGAAAAAUGUCAUCUUUGCAGCUUGGGGAGGUCAACAUGCCGGUGAGGAGUCUGGAGUGUGGGUUUUUCGACGUGGAAGGAAGAUUGCUUCUUUAGAAGGAACGCCUACUUUCGCAGGGCCAAUUACUCGACUUCUAGUAUUCGGCUCAUGGAUCGUGGGUUGCUGCGAAAGGAACAUUCAAAUUUGGAAUUCAACAUCAUACGCCUAUUAUACAACCUUGAUUCCCGCAGCGUCACAGAAUGCCCCUGACUUGCCUAUAUUUACCGGCCAUAUUUGUAUUAUGCCCACUUAUCUAAACAAAAUCUUUGUGGGGAGAUACAACGGCACGGUUGAGAUAUGGAAUGUUAGCUCGGGGAAGUUGCUGCACUCUAUUUAUCCACCGACGGAACAGGAUGGUGCGGUCACGGCGAUUGAACCGACACCUGCUCUUUCACUCGUUGCCAUUGCUUACAAAGCUGGGACUAUUGUGAUUCGUAAUGUGGCCUCAGGUAAAGUAGUUUUGUUUUUGAAUUCUAAUCUAUCCGAUGCACCUCCCGUGACAUCAAUUUCUUUUCGGACCGAUGGGUUAGGCGCUGGAGAAGAUGGAAGAAUUCCAGGUGUGAUGGCUACUGCAGCAGUCCACAAUAGCGACAUAACUCUAUGGGAUCUCAACAAUGGAGGUAGAAGAAGUGGCUCGCUGAGAAACGCACACGACCUGCGACAAAGAAUAUCUAAUGGUGGCGUUAAUAAAAUUGAAUUUUUGGACGGUCAACCAGUCUUGAUAUCAUCGGGAAGGGACAAUGCAUUAAGGUCCUGGAUAUUUGAUGAAUCACCCUUUUCGCCAAUUCCAAGGCCGCUGCACAGUAGGGGUGGCCAUUCUGCAGCUGUCAGUGCACUUUCGUUCCUCCCAGCCUCUUCUGACGGUAGUGACGCUACCGGAAAAUGGUUGUUGAGUGCUUCUAAAGACCGAAGUCUUUGGGGCUUCAGUCUGCGAAAAGACAGCCAAAAUGCUGAAUUGUCCCAGGGGAACAUUAAAAGCAAAAGCCAAAAAAAGGGUAUUUUAAGAAACGAGACUGCGUAUGAGGAUCUGAAAGCACCAGAAAUAACUUCAAUCGCUUGCUCUCUUACUCGCGAUGCUGGCAUGGGAGUUAGCAGUCAACAAGUCUGGACGAACUCAAGAGAUACCAAAAAACUUGCCCAGAAUGCGAACGGAUGGGAGAGUGUCGUAACUGCUCACAAAGGUGAUAAAUUUGCCCGAACUUGGUACUGGGGAAAGAAAAAAGCAGGUCGAUGGGCAUUUGAGACAAGCGAUGGAACAGAAGUGAAGAGCGUUGCGGUUUCAGCAUGCGGCACAUUUGCUGUCGUAGGCUCAUCAGGCGGCAGUGUGGACAUGUUCAACCUCCAGUCCGGUGUGCGUAGACAACAAUUUCCGCCGCCAUCGAAUAAAAAAUCCAGAAGUGCCAAUUCAGUCAGAGUACAUGAGACAGAUAAUUCUGGGACAAAACUCAACAAACACACAAAAGCCGUCACGGGGCUUUCCAUUGAUAGUCUAAACCGAUAUCUUGUGAGUUGUGGUUUAGACGGAAAGCUAAAAUUCUGGGAUUUCAGCACGGGUCUUAUGCUCACAGAAUUAGACUGGUCGCCCACGGCCGCUAUUACUAGUCUUCGUUCUAGUGAUAUCAAUGAGCUUGUAGCUCUAAGUUGUGAUGACUUGUCUAUCCGAGUAGUUGAUUUGGAAACCAAAAGAGUUGUUCGAGAGUUAUGGGGGUGCCGAGGGCAGAUCAAUGAUUUCACCUUCUCUAAUGAUGGUAGAUGGAUCAUUGCAUCGUCAAUGGACUCAGCCAUCCGAGUUUGGGACCUCCCAACAGGCCACUUAAUCGAUAUUUUCCAAGUACCAACAACAUGUACAUCAUUGGCCUUUUCAGGCACCGGGGAGUUCCUCGCUACUGCUCAUUCCGAUGAGUUAGGCGUCCAUAUUUGGAAUAAUAAGGCGCUUUUCUCAUCUGUACAGCCAAAUCAUAUCGAUGAGAACGAGGUCGAACUAGAGGUGAAUUCAACGGCAAUCACUGAAACUAAAUCCGGAAUGAUAGAUGCAGCUUUUGCCACCGAUGUCGAGAAUAAACACCAUCAGCCUUUGAUUUCUCCUGCUGAACAGCUUAGCGAUGAUCUCAUGACUCUAAGUAUAGUUCCACGGGCGACAUGGCAAACACUUAUCAACCUGGAAACUAUCAAAGAGCGUAAUAAACCCAAAGAGCCCGUCAAAGCACCAGAGAGAGCACCUUUUUUUUUGCAGUCUUUAGGUGACACUCAGAAACUUGAUUCUGACCCUGGGUUAACAAAUGGGCAUCGGUCAACCGACCUCUCACAGAUUUCGAACACCCAACUCCAGCCAUCACAGAUGGCCCAUUUCAGUCGGCUCCUUCAAGUUGGCGCUAGUCGUCAGAAUUUUGCAUGUUUCAUUGACUAUUUCAAGACUCUAUCACCCAGCAAAAUUGAUCUAGAAAUUCGCUCAUUGGACAGCCGAUUUUCGCGGGGUCGCUGUGAGCUUGUGGACUUUGUCAAUGCAUUAACCGAAAGGCUGCGCCAAAAGAGGGACUUUGAACUUGUCAAUGCAUGGAUGGCGGUCUUUCUGAAAGUUCAUGCUGAGCUUAUUACGAACACCCAAGAUGGUGAAGUUGAUACGGCGUAUGCUUUACAGGCGGCACUUUCAGCUUGGAAAUCAGAACAACAAAAAGAGUCCAGGCGAUUAUCUGAAUUGAUGGGCUAUUGUCGUGGAAUCAUCGGGUUCCUUCGAUCACCGCGUUAG